AUGGGACCCAGCAACCAAACGAGCACAUCCGAGUUCAUCCUCCUGGGCCUUGCAGAAAGCCCGGAACGGGAGACUCUCCUCUUCUCUGUCUUCCUCUGCAUGUAUGUGGUCACAGUUAUGGGCAACCUGCUCAUCGUCCUGGCCAUCAGCUGGGACUCCCACCUCCACACGCCCAUGUAUUUCUUCCUGGCCAACCUCUCCUGGGUGGACUUGUGCCUGGCCACCAACACCAUCCCCAAGAUGUUGGUGAACCUCCAGACCAAAGGCAAGUCCAUCUCCUACUCCUGCUGCCUCGUCCAGAUGUACUUCUUCCAUUUUUUCGGCAUCGUGGACAGCGUCCUCCUAGCCGUCAUGGCGUACGACCGCUUCGUGGCCAUCUGUCACCCUCUGCGUUACGCCACUGUCAUGAGUCCACGCCUCUGCGGCCUCCUCGUCGGUGGCCUGUGGUUGUUCUCCUGCUCCGUCUCCCUCACCCACGUCCUGCUCGUGGCGCGCCUGGUUUUCUGCGGCCACAACGAGCUGCCCCACUACUUCUGCGACCUCACGCCCCUCCUCCGGCUUUCCUGCACGGACACCAUGGUCAACAGGAUCUUUGUGCUUGUUGUGGCGGGGAUGGUGAUCGCGGCGCCCUUCGUCUGCAUCCUGGCCUCCUAUGCACGUAUCAUGGUGGCUGUCGUGGGGGUCUCCUCUGUCGGGGGCAGGAGGAAAGCCUUCUCCACCUGCGGCUCCCACCUCACCGUGGUCACUCUCUUCUACGGCACGACCAUCGGGGUCUACCUGUGUCCCUCCUCUGUCCGCACGGUUGACAAAGAAAAGGCCGCAGCCGUCAUGUACACAGCGGUCACCCCCAUGCUGAACCCCUUCAUCUACAGUCUGAGGAACAGGGACCUGAAGGGGGCCCUGAGAAAGCUUAUCCAAAGGAAGGUCGCCUUGUCACCCUGA